UGAAAAUAUAAAUAUUUGAUCUACUCUGUUAUAACCCGCGAAAUCCAAGUGGUGUUAAAACAGCUAAUAUGAUUAACACUAAAUACCAUUUGAUGUUGUUGUUCCUUAAGAUUGGUUGAAAAUGGUGUAGUUUCCACAAAUGAACUACGGAAAUAGUUGGAUAAACGGACGGAGUGUAAAAUGUACUGUCAUUAAUAAUUUAAUUAUUUGCAUUAACGGCGCUUCAGAAAAUAGUCACCAAUACUAGUUAAUCAUGCAGUUUUAAUACAUUUAGGCAUAAUGAAUAUAUCAAAAAUGAUAUGUCAAAAGAAAUAAAACACAUUGAAAAAAACGAAAACUUUAGAACAUAUUACAACAAUGUUGAGAAUGUAACACAAUGUAAACAUUUAUGAUACAGAAAGUGGAACACUUUGUUACAUAGUUGUGCUGCCUUUUCAUUUACAUUGACAGUGACAUGGGAAAAGUGGAUGUGAUUAACAACAAAUGGUUUAUUAAGAUGAUCAUUAUUGUUCUUAUUUGUUCUAAAAGCUCACAGUUCAGCCACAAUUGUUUAUUUGAUGAAGUUCAGCCAGAUACAGUUCCACAUACAAAUGUUAAAUAUGAUAAAUCUUGGACUGACCGAGAAAGACGAAAUGCAAAUGCGACCGUUGAACGGAGUUACCAAGCUAUCCGAAUUAGUCCCCAGUUCUACUUUGGGGAGGAACUUGUUCAAAGUGAAAAAGAAAACCUUAAAAAGGUUAUAGCAAGAGCGAUAAAGAAAAUAAACAAACUGUUUUCAGUGAUUCCUGUUCAAGGUCCACUGAUUCUCCAGCGGUCAGCAUGCCAUUCUGUGUGGUCGUCGGGAAUAAAUAAGGGGAAAUGUUCCAGGAUUAAAAAAGGCUACAGAGGAGAAUUCUGUUUGGAUAGAUUUAAGCUUCCUAACGACCAUUUGGAAGGUGAAGUGUUGUACGACAGACAUCACCGCGACCCAGUCAAAUAUGCAAUAAAAGAAGGCAGUGGGGUAAACAACACCGACUUCAUCCUGUACGUCACCUCGCAGACCACACACAACUGUCUGGAUGGAAAAACAUCAGUAAUAGCGUAUGCCGCCUACUGUCAGCUGGAUCAGAGAGAUCGGCCAAUCGCAGGUCAGGUCAACUUCUGUCCACUUCUGCUGAAACCACAAUAUUUCAACAAGGACAAAUCUUACAUUGCUGCCUUGCAUGAGAUGUUUCACGCUUUAGGAUUUUCUAAGCGACUAUUUUCCAAGUUCAAGGCUUGUACGGACUCUGGAACUAAGUGUACGAGACACCCACAGACAGUGCGAGAAGUGGAUGAGGUCUGGAGACUGACAACGCCGGCUGUUGUAGAGAAAACUCAGGACCAUUUUGGCUGUUUAUCAGAGGACGAUUACGGUGGACCUAUAGACACAAGUGAUGCACCUCUUUCUUCACACUGGGAUUCAAAAUUCAUGCAGGGAUCAUUAAUGACAGCAAAAAAUGAUUUGCCACACCUGACAUUUAUUGAUCCCAUAACACUGGCUGUGUUUGAAGACACUGGAUGGUACAAAGUGAAUUAUUCUCAAGCUGAUAAUUAUUUAUGGGGUAAAGAUUCAGGUUGUCUCUUUGGGUCGACUGAGUUUUGUAUGAUCCAGACUAACUACUUUUGUUCAGGCAGUUCAAGUGGUUGUCACUACCUACAUCUGGACAGAGGGGUCUGCAGUACAGACACCAAUUUGAGUCCAUGCAGGGUGGUCAUGGCCAGUGAUGGGGAUGCAUGUUUUACGAGUGGGAAGGUCCUUCCAGGAAAUACAUCAAGUGAAAUUAUUUCUCCUACUGGCAGAUGUUUCAUGUCAAAUAUUACAUCACAGUCUGCAGGUGAGAUGGCUGUGAAAGGACGAUGCUACGAACAUAAGUGUUUAGGAGCAAGCCAGCUACAAGUCCAGAUACAUAACCUUUCAUGGCUGGAUUGUCCUGCUGGGUCUUAUUUACAGUUUCCUUCACAUCGUGGUGGGAUAUUUUGUCCAGAAAAUCCUGAAAUCCUUUGUCCAAAGAUAUACAAUAUUACAAGCAAUGAAAAUACAGAACCAGUUUCUGAAGAAAAUGCAACAGAGGUUACCAAUACAGUGUUCACAUCUACAACUCAAUUUAAAUAUGACAAUUCAGAUGUAACCAUAGAAAUGAUGUUCAAAAGCACAGAUGAUGAGCUGUCUUGGAACGAGCAUGUGAAAUCAGAGUUUGAGAAAUCUGUGGUGGAUUUCGUUGUAAGACUAGGAAGGGUAUCGGCAGCCAGGAUACAGAAUAUUGAUAGCUACUUCACAGGAGGAGAGGCAACAGUGAUAUUUAUUCUUGUUGGAGCAGGGGACAUAAAAAAUGAACCUGUUGCCGAGAUGGCAACACACAAACUAGAAGAGGCCCUGAUAUCCAGGGAACAGUCUAUAGAGGUAGCAGUGUCAGGAGAAUACAAAACAUUGCGUCUUCAGGGUGUCUCCAGAAAGUAUCCAACCUGGUUUUCAGACAGUAUGAAGAAACAAUCUAAAGCAUUACCAGAAUUAAAACCUGAAGUUAUUGUUGGUAUUCUUUUAGCUAUUGUAGCAAUAAUAGUACUGCUUACUGUGAUAACAAUGAUAGUGAGAAGAAAAAAAUCCUUCACAGCUCCCUCUGGUAGAGGCACCAGAGGCUCUGAACAGCCAUUGGUCGGUUCAUCUCUGGGUACUCACGCAGAGCCGUCAGGUUCAGGACAGAGUGGAAGACUUGCUCAAAUUGCUGAACAUAACACAGUACUAGCUGAAGAAUCUCGGACAGACGAAGUACAGGAAUCCACAUCAGCAGUGUAAAUCCUUGUGAUAAAUCCAGCUAAUAUAAGUAUUAUAAUAAUACAUGUAUAAUAGAGUGUGUGACAUACCUUGUCUAUUACACAGUGUCAUAUGCAAUAUGUGUAAUGCUCUCAGUAGACCUACACAUUGGAAAGUAAUUAUUUGACAACUCUGUAACACAAGGAAUUGGUUGUGUGUUUUAGAAACACAGAUUUAUGGAUUCUGUGUGUAUCUCUCAAUGCAUUACAUGUAAAAAAUGCUGGUUGUUUUCAAUCCAGGUUAAACCAUGAAUUCAUUACUUUUUAAUAAUAUUAAAAUGUAUGGAUUAUUCAAACACUAGAGGUGUUACAAUAGUGGGAACUAUGAUUUUAUUAUUGGGGACAGCAAUAUACAUUACCCCAGUGUUUUUCAUUAAAGACAAUUUCUCUGUCUAUGUAUGGAAAAAAAACUUCAGUCCAAAAAUUGCCACUAGCAACAUUUUCCCUAAACCGUGCCAAAUAGUUAUCUGAACCAGCAUUAAUAAAGUAUUCCAGGGGAAACUUUUUGUUAAAACAAUCUGAUAUGGUUUUAAUCUACACACAGUUGUAUAUUUUAUACUUCUGUUACUAAAAUAUACAGUAAAAUGGAUCACUGAUUUCCAUAUUAGCUGAUGUUAAAUACUAAACUACACGUGUGAAUUGCCUGAUUACAUCAGAAAUCUCUCCCUCAUUUAAAUAAAAUGAGUUGUUGUUUACAUUAACUGAGUUUGCUUGAGCUAUGAACUAAUCAGUUGCAUGUGUUUGAAUGCUUGCUGUAUGUAAGACCAUCAUAUUAAUUUUAAAAUGCUCAUAAAUAAACAAGACACUUGUUUGUACAAAUCUGUAGACACUGAACUUUUGUUAAAUCCAAUGUAUAAAUAUCUCGACUGAGACUAUGACAGUUAUAUUAAAUGUUUUGAAUAACAAGUGAUGAUGAUAUAACUUACUGUAGUCUGUUGUUUGCAAACCGUGACCUCUAUGAAAUAUAGGUACAUGUAUAAUAGAUCCCUUUAAUAAACAACAGAUAUGUUAAAUGUUUUAAUAUUUUGAGUAACAAGUGAUGAUGAUAUCUAGUUUUGAUAGACUGUGCAAUAUAAAUCCAUAUACAGUCAGACCUCUUUACAUUCGUCCCUGGGUCACUUUGUCGUUAUAUCAAAAUUGCCAUUAUAAAAAUUUGUUUCGUUUAAUGACACCACUCG